GUCAGCAGCACCAUGGUCAGCGCCAGAGCCCUCCUCCUCCUCGCCGUGGCAGUCUGCUGCUGCACCGACUUCCUGCGGCCGGCUCAGGCCGAGGAUGCCUCCACGGAGACGCGCUCCUUGGACUUCCCGCUGAAAAGACAACAGGAGAAAGACCUGAUUGAUGCUUUACAAGAAGUCCUGGAGAAGUUGAGGAACAAAGAGAUACCGUCUGAGAAGAAGCUUGGCUGGCUUCCAUCGUGCGACGCGGGGGAGCCCUGUGCCGUGCGGAAAGGCGCACGUAUUGGCACGCUGUGCAGCUGUCCCAGGGGGACUUCCUGUAACUUUUAUGUCCUCAAGUGUUUGUGAAAAAAAAAAAAAAAAAAGAGCAGUCAUGAUAAAAAAAAAAGAAAGAAAAAAAGGAAAAGACAUCAUCAGGGGGUUGGUGAGCAAACAUUUGUUAAAGCCUCUUUUUUUAAGUGAAAUGAAAAUUGUUGUGAUUUUUUGCAAAUUUUGAAUGGGGAGUGUUGGUGUUUAAUAUAAUAAAUUUGAUGUUGUUAUAAAAGCCAAAAUACCAUUGG